AUGAGGUGGAGAGCAGAGAAGGAGAUGAUGAAGAGAUCUGGAAAACAUGAAGCGGAGGGAGGAGAAGACAUACUCAUCGACAGAUUCCUCAAGCGCCUCUCUUUCGUAGCCAUCGCAGUAGCCUCCCUCACGCUCCUCUUCCUCCUCCUCCGCACGCCCGACACGUGUGUCCCCCACCACGCGCCCCGGAAGCCGCACCUCCGCUUCCCCAAAUCCACGUGCGACUUCUCCUCCACGCGCCCCCACGUCCCCGCCGAGAAGCGCGCCCUGCGCAUUCAAUCCACGCGCCUCUGGACCGCCAAGGUCCUCUCCUUCUCCCUCCUCUUCCGCGACCACCUCCUCCCCCUCCUCCUCUCCGCCGCUUCCUCCAACAACUACAACCACUCCCGCGUCCUCUGCGUCUCCGCCGGCGCCGGCCACGAGGUCGCCGCGCUCCGCCGCCUCGGGAUCGACGAUGUCACCGGAGUCGAGAUCCUCGAGUCCCCGCCGCUCGUCCGCCGCGCCGAUCCGCACAAUCUGCCGUUCUUCGACGGCGCGUUCGACCUCGCCUUCACCGCGAGAUUCGACGAGGCACUGUUCCCGGCACGGUUCGCCGCCGAGAUGGAGCGCGUCGUCCGGCCAGGUGGCGCGUGCUUUCUUCUCGUUGCGGAGUCUGGGGAGGACGAGGUGAGGCAGGUUGUUGAAUUGUUUAGGAAUUCGAGGCUUGUUGGGUCCAGUAAUGUUUCUUUGACUGGAAUGAGAAUGACCAGUGUUAUUUUGAGAACUAGAGAAAAUUCUUCUUGA